AUGGCAUUACAAUUGAAGCAAAAACAACAAUUUUUUAGGCAAAAUCUAGAAGCCAAUGUUGGAAAGAAUCUUAAGAUGGGUUAUUGUACCAACCCUGCACCUAAUAAGAUCAUUGUUUUUGAUCCAGAAACUGAUCAAGUAAGGGAGCUUCCUAUGCUGCAGGACAGAAGCCGCCACAUACUUGGUUUGGGGGUUUUGGACGACUGCUUCUGUAUGUCUUGUUGGGACAUUAACCAAGUAGAAGUGAUUGCAAUGAAAGAAUAUGGUAAUGAAGAAUCUUGGACUCCUUUGUUUGAGAUAUCAAUUCUGAAAUUCUACAGCAUCCCUUAUGGCACAAAGUUGACACCAUUGAUGCUCAUGGAAAAUGGUGAAGUCUUGAUGCUAAGGGAUGAUGAUACUAUUUUUGGUUAUAACCCUCAAACGAUGGAAUACAAUUAUGAGUACCGCGAAGUGCUUGGCAGCUGUCCUCAUAUAUUCAUCGAAAGUUUAAAUAACCCUCAUGCCUAG